CGUGUUUGAGCGGUGCGGAUGCAGCUGGCGGCGCACUGCGAGGUUCCGCGCCUCGGCUGGCCAUCACCUGCGUACAGCCCUAGCCAAGAUGGCUGACAGAUGCUACACAGUCGACUGCCUGCCGGAUCCCGCCAUGGAGGAGUUCCGCAAGCUGGUGCCCGUCCAUGGUACCCUGUUCAAUCGGGAUGCCCUUCUGGAGGUCAUCUACUCGCGCCAACACCGUCCGGAUGAUGACCUGUCUGUGCGCUACUACGCGCGGAUGCUGUUCCGCGAGAUCCAGCGAGACGUCGUGCUGCUGCCCAUGUUCCGGGAGUACAUGCAGCGGCCAGUGCAGCAUCUGAACGUGCCCGAAGCCUUCUAUCUGAUGAGCCUCUGGAUGGUUCCGGAGCAAACCGACAACCGAGAGUAA